UUCCAUUUUGUGGUGUUUCUUUGAACGUGGAGGAAAAUGCCGGACCCGGCCAAAUCCGCUCCUGCUCCAAAGAAGGGCUCGAAAAAAGCUGUCACAAAAGUCCAGAAGAAAGACGGCAAGAAGCGCAAGCGCAGCCGCAAGGAGAGCUACUCUGUCUACGUGUACAAGGUGCUGAAGCAAGUGCAUCCGGACACGGGCAUUUCGUCCAAAGCCAUGGGCAUCAUGAACUCCUUCGUGAACGACAUCUUCGAGCGCAUCGCUGGCGAGGCUUCCCGCUUGGCGCAUUACAACAAGCGUUCGACCAUCACUUCCCGGGAGAUCCAGACGGCCGUGCGCCUGCUGCUGCCGGGGGAGUUGGCUAAACACGCCGUGUCGGAGGGCACCAAGGCCGUCACCAAGUACACCAGCUCCAAGUGAAGCGCAGCCGAGACGUGAUUGAUCGACUUUACCCCAAAGGCUCUUUUCAGAGCCACUUCAGCUCUCGAAGAAAGAGCUGUAACCACUAAUGGCCUAUGAUCUCUUGCUUAGGUAAGGUGGGGCGGCAAGUCUGUUUCCCUGCAGGGCUCUGGUGCAAUACACCGACAUUUCAAAGAAUGUUGGGCGGGCCGGGUGCGGCGCAGCCUGUCGCAUCACGUACAUGAUACACAAUGUGUUCCCUUUUAACUAUUAUUAGUGCUGCUAUAGUGUGAGCCGCCUUAAUGUGGACCUCACCCGUUUCUGUCACUUCAAAGCUGUAGUCCCUCACAGCCCUGGGGCAUCCGGAAAUAAUCGGGUCUGCUUAGCCCAUAAUAUAAUAUGGGGACAGUUCCUGUCAUCACGCAGUUCCAAUGCUGCUGAGCAGGAAGAUCUUAAGAAAUUGUUCCUACCCAGUUUAGGUUAUUGUGAGUUGUUAAAGAUUGAAUGUCCCGUUAGACUAAGUUAUAUGCAUGUAUAGAAGUCAAGUGCUGGAGUCUCGUCUAUCCCCUUGGUGUUCGGGGCGGCGGGAGUGGGGCGAGAGAAGAUUGGAUGCAAGUCCUGCCUGCUGCGCCAUUUCGCUGCCCGACUCCACGCGUGUUUUUAACGUCAGCAUCAGCCCUAGGUGCCGUUUUCACAGCAGGCUUUUCUGUGAGCGCCAACCGUGGACAGCGAGAAUGAGCCUAGUCCUAUCCCUCACCAAAGACUGGAUGUUCUUCAGAAAGGUUUCCUUUUUCUCUGAUUGUCUCCCUGUCAAAAUGAGACGAUCGAGCCCUUUCUAGUGGGUUAGGGUUAAAUGGUUCCACUUAAGGCUGGAACCAGGUAAGUCGUCAUCAGUGGGUCGGGGGUAGGAAGCAGUGCAGGCACCAUUGCGCCUCCAGCACUUCCCUUUCCCAACAAGUUCUCUUGUAGAUAUUUUAGCGCUCUAAAGUAGCUUCCCUAAGCAUAGUGCUUUGAACUCCUUACUGAAUAAAUCAUCUUUCCAAUAAGGCAUCGAGGCCUCUUGUAGGACGUGAUUCUGUAGAAACUAAAAUUGUCUCUUAUGUGGCCUAAUAGGGGAAAGUGGGUUUUAAAAUUUGAUAGUGGCUCAUGCCUUUAAUCCCAGCUCUAGAGGACAGCUUCAUAUGUAGG